GCAGCCGGCGAGGAGCGGAGCCCGAGAUGGCGCGGAGCGGCCGGUCGCUCGGCAGGGCGCUGGCAGGAGGGCUCGCUGCCGCCCCGCCGCCACCGCGCCCGGCCGCUGUCAGGCACUUGGCUUCUUGUGGUAUUCUGAUGACCAGAAUUUCUCCUUCGCGACUGCCUGUAAGGAACCAUGCCUUUUCAAGAACCUUCUUCAACAUUGCUGCACCUCUAGUAAACAAAAGAAAAGAAUAUUCAGAAAGAAGAAUUAUCGGGUAUUCUAUGCAGGAAAUGUAUGAAGUUGUGGCUGUUGUGGAGAAUUACAAACUAUUUGUUCCUUGGUGUAAAAAAUCAGAUGUAUUAACAAAGCGCUCUGGAUACUGCAAAGCACAGUUAGAAAUCGGAUUCCCUCCUGUAGUAGAGACAUAUACGUCGGUUGUUACCCUAGUGAGACCUCAUUUAGUUAAGGCAUCCUGCACUGAUGGGAAACUAUUUAAUCACUUGGAAACAGUGUGGCGUUUCAGUCCAGGUAUCCCUGGUUAUCCAAGGACAUGUACAUUGGAUUUUUCAGUUUCUUUUGAAUUUCGUUCACUUCUGCACUCAAAACUCGCUACACUCUUUUUUGAUGAAGUGAUAAAGCAGAUGGUAGCUGCCUUUGAAAGAAGAGCAUCCAAGCUCCACGGUCCAGAAACAAGCAUACCUCGGGAGCUAAUGCUCCAUGAAGUUCAUCAGACGUAAAGGGAACUGCAAGAAACCUCCAUUACAAACUUGUCUGUACACUUCAUUUGUUCAAGAGGUGCCGUGCUCCUCCUUUGGGGCAUCUAUUUCAUACCUGAGCUUUGUGUGUGAUUUUAUACUGUACAAACCACACCGGUUCAGCCAGAUGUAUGUAGAAUGUUCAAGCCACAAUUGGGGCAAACUUAAAGCCUUAUCAACAACAGACACUUGGCAGCUUCUGUAACAAAAGGUGUCACAGGCUGCCAUUUAUUAACUUAUCAAACAGUUUGUGUAAUCACAGCCUAAGUUCUGCCUUAUCUAAGUUUAUGGGAGGAUUUUUUUUCAGCUUCGUAAUAUAUGAACUCAAAUGUAAGUUAUUGUUAGCAUAAAUGUAACUUAACAGCAUCAACUCGGCCAACUCUGCCUCAGCGAAGGGAAGUGGGCAUUCUGGGUUUGCAGAGCAUUAAACAGUCUGUCAACCAUGGAGUAGCAGGUGCUUGUCAGCCAAGGGAGAGACAAGGGUUAAGUCAGGAGUCUCCAGCUGCUGCUUAACUGUGACCAAUAACUGCUAUAGAAAGAACACCACAACCUGAACACUCUUGAUUUUUCCAGUAAUUAAACAUUAAGGGGUACACAUAAUGUGAGGGGUGCCAUAAAUCAAGUGCAGUUAUUGCAGUGGUAGCCAGUGGUUUGUAGCUGUCGAGGCUCCAGCUACCACUGAACAUGUAGUACAUUUGGCAGGUGGAACUUGUGGACCUGCAACUUUCACUGUCACGCACUGGGGUUGGGAUCUAAGGUAAUCACUUCCCAGUUCCAACCCAACUUGAAACCAAGUGAGCAGUACAGCUGUGCGAGCUAGGGCACAGAUAACACAGUAUUCUGUACCACAGAGCUCUCCUUCCUGGACGGAGGGAACAAGAUGUCUUCCACUUACUGCAAGAUAAGCAUGCCCAAGGCCAGUUGUCACUACAAGCCAUACAACAGGGCUGAAUCUUAGUUCUGUGGGUUUUUUUUCAGUACCAUACUACCAUUUGUCAGUCCAUUACAACAGUAAAAGCUGUCUUGAUUAGAAAAGAUGUAUCUUUAGCAAUUCUAUUCCCGAUGUUCUUUUUAAUCCCUGAAGGGACGUAAGUGAAUAACCUAUGUGCUGCCUUGCAUUACCCAGUUUCCUUACCAAGAUUAGGUGAAGCUUCUGGUCCUUUCUCCAGUGUCUGGAAUCCAUGUGGCUCCUACAGACUGGUGUAUUAAAUGACAUGGAAGGUAUUCUUCAGGACAGCCAGCCCCAGAGCAGUUCCAGACCACUUUUCCAGAAGGAACAAUUGACAUUUCACACGUCCCAUCUGUGAAGGAUAGCUCUUACUAAAGGUAGGAAGAUGGACUGAGAGGUCAGGUUUAUAGCACUGAGAAGUUGUGAGGUGAUGCUGGUUGUUCAGACAAUGAGAGAUGAACAUAAGACAAAUUUGGGAAUCCUGUUGUUUGAGAAGUUCAGAAAGCAGAGGUGACUACACAUCUAUGUUAAAAGAUGUGGCAGGUCAGCACGUGGCAAACAAAGCCAUUAUGUAAGGGAAAGUAGCAUUCAGUGCAAAGUCAUUCAAACUGAAUCCUUGAGCCCAUUAUCAGGAAGCUGAGAUGACACUGAAAGGCUCAAGGCAGGAAAUAACCACGUAUUACACUUCAGCAAGAGAAGUAUUUAAAAACCCACAGCUCCUUCUUAGCAGAGGACUUACCUCUUCCAUAUCCUGAGGGCGCUUGGCCUCCCCAGUUAUACACUGGACUGCCCAUUCUAGCACCCGAAACAAGCAGUACAGACGGCAAAAUAAAGUCAGUGCACGGGCCUGAUUUUCAGAG